AUGAGGGCACUGGCAAGAUUUGCUCGUUUGAAUCUGAAGGACCGGCGUGUCAUUCAACAGAUGCUUUGUAGCAGUUCAUCAUGGGAAUCUGCUGCUAAAGAGCUGGCAAAGUCACCGCAGGUUCACCGCUGCUUCUCAACUGGGCGUGAACCACCCGCCCCUGAUUUCCUAUGCUCAAAGAGGGCUAAGAAUUUUAUCAGCAGUUUGGAAGUGAAGACACAGGAUUUCGCUGAUGGUUAUGGCUCCAGUCAACAGUUACAAUCUGAGAUAAAGGCAUCACUGAAAGUGACAAACCAGAGGUACAGCAAAGAUGUUCUGGAACCAAUGUAUCACAGGUUGGCGCACUCUAAGAAGAAACCCAGGUUUAUCUCAUCCUAUGACCUGAUGGUUCAUUUGGUAGGCUUACUGGAGGCACACUGGGUUUUCUUCUUGAACUACCUUGUUGAUGAGCGAAUAGCUGUCGUUGAAGAAUGGAUCUCAAUUUGCACAGUUCAACAUCUAAUGUAUGACCAUGGUCUUAAGGACUUUGGCUCUGACAUUCAUUUUUACAAGGGCGAAUGUGAUGCAGCCUAUUUUCAUGCAGAUGGAGCAGCAGAUACAUCAACAAAAAUAUUGAACAAUGGUCAGGUUAAGAGUGAGUGUGAAGGAAAAGCAGAUCUCGCAACAAUCAUAUGGGACAAUGAUCAAGUAAUCAGCUCCUUAACUUACCGAGGUGUUGGGAAGCCAGUCCCAGGGAAGCCGGCUCAUGGAGAGAUAAGAGCACAGAAGUACUAUGUGGAAGUUGCACCAGAUAAAAAAAAUCAGCGCCCUCCUGAAUUUAAGCAGAGCCUUGAAUGCUAG